AAUAGUAUAUAUGCUUUCCAGGCCAAUGCAUGAUUAUCUCAGAAAUGGGAAUUUCCAUUUCUCUCCUUCCCUUAAGAAUAUUGCCUAGAUUUAAUUACGUUUGGUGCGUUUAAUAUAUAUAUAUAUUGAUUUCCUUAACCUAUACUGACUCAAUGACAAGCAUGCUAAUGCUAGUCCCCUUUAUACAACCAAAAAACUGGUUCUUUUCUUGGUUCUGACACAAGCAAGAUUUUGGUGAAUGGAUUUCUGGCUUGUAAAGCAGGGAGUGGGUUCUAAUCUAAGGAUUACCUUGAGCAAAAGUAAUCCGAUUUGAAAGUUGCUUUUGCUAGUACCUAAAGCAGUUGCUAUUAGCUGAAAAAUUUAGCAUUUCUUUUUUGGUUUGUGGUUCUUGCGCCCUUCAUGACUUCAAUGGCAAUGAGGAUAAGAGAAGUUGGUCUCCAUUUUGUGGUUUUCUUGUGGUUUUCGACCACUGCAAAUGGAUUGUUGUCUCCUAAAGGAGUAAAUUAUGAAGUUCAAGCUUUAAUCGGAAUAAAAGCUUCUUUACAUGAUCCUCAUGGGGUUCUUGAUAAUUGGGAUGGAGAUGCUGUUGAUCCAUGUAGCUGGACCAUGGUAACUUGCUCUCCUGAGAGUCUUGUCAUUGGCCUGGGAACUCCUAGCCAGAAUUUAUCUGGAACUCUUUCUCCAACUAUUGGCAACUUGACAAAUCUUCAGACCGUGCUCCUGCAAAGCAAUAAUAUUACAGGACCCAUUCCUGCAGAGAUAGCACGGCUCUCAAAGCUUCACACACUUGAUCUUUCUGAUAAUUUCUUUACUGGGAAAAUUCCUUCCUCUUUAGGCCAUCUGAGGAGUCUAGAAUACAUGAGGCUAAAUAAUAACAGUCUCUCUGGAGAAUUCCCAUUGUCAUUGGCUAACAUGACCCAGCUUGUGUUACUUGACUUGUCAUUCAAUAACCUGAGUGGCCCUGUACCAAGAUUUCCUACCAAAACAUUCAGCAUUGCUGGAAACCCUCUAAUCUGCCCAACAGGUUCUGAACCAGAAUGCUUUGGGACAACACUAAUGCCAAUGUCCAUGAACUUGAAUAGCACACAAACAGCUCUACCUUCAAACAAACCAAAGAGUCACAAAAUAGCUGUUGCAUUUGGCUCAAGCGUUGGUUCUGCCUCACUUAUCAUUCUUGUGUUUGGAUUAUUUUUGUGGUGGAGGCGAAGGCACAAUCAACCGACGUUUUUCGAUGUCAAAGAUCGCCAGCAUGAGGAAGUUUCUCUUGGAAACUUGAGGAGGUUCCAGUUUAGGGAACUUCAGAUUGCGACAAACAAUUUUAGCAAUAAGAACAUACUUGGAAAGGGAGGUUUUGGCAUUGUGUACAAAGGGAUUCUCCAUGAUGGGACUGUUGUAGCUGUCAAGAGGCUUAAAGAUGGCAAUGCCAUUGGAGGAGAGAUUCAAUUCCAAACUGAAGUUGAGAUGAUCAGCUUAGCAGUGCACCGGAACCUCCUUAGGCUCUAUGGAUUUUGUAUGACACCAACAGAAAGACUUCUAGUUUAUCCAUACAUGUCCAAUGGCAGCGUAGCUUUGCGUCUCAAAGGCAAACCAGUCUUGGAUUGGGGCACCAGGAAGAGAAUUGCUCUAGGAGCUGCGAGGGGACUAUUGUACCUCCAUGAGCAGUGUGAUCCAAAGAUAAUCCACAGGGAUGUUAAGGCUGCAAAUAUAUUACUUGAUGAUUAUUGUGAGGCUGUAGUAGGUGAUUUUGGGUUGGCAAAGCUUUUAGAUCACCAAGAUUCACAUGUCACGACUGCUGUCAGAGGCACCGUUGGGCAUAUAGCACCUGAAUAUCUUUCGACUGGUCAAUCCUCAGAGAAAACUGAUGUUUUUGGAUUCGGAAUUCUGCUUCUUGAAUUAAUCACAGGCCAAAGAGCAAUAGAAUUUGGCAAGGCAGCGAACCAGAAAGGAGCCAUGCUAGACUGGGUAAAGAAAAUUCAUCAAGAGAAAAAGCUUGAAAUGCUUGUAGACAAGGAUAUAAAGGGAAAUUAUGAUAGAAUUGAGCUUGAAGAAAUGGUACAAGUUGCCCUCUUGAGCACCCAAUACCUUCCUAGCCAUAGACCCAAAAUGUCUGAAGUAGUCAGAAUGCUUGAAGGAGAUGGUCUUGCAGAGAGAUGGGAAGCUUCUCAAAGAGCAGAAGCAACUAAGUCCAAACCCCACGAGUUCUCCUCGUCGGAUCGAUAUUCUGAUCUCACUGAUGACUCUUCAUUACUAGUCCAGGCAAUGGAGCUCUCUGGUCCAAGGUGAAUUCCUUACAAAAAAUUUUUAAUAUAUAUAUUUCCCUUUCUUUUCUUUUUCUAUUUUGAAGAGACUUAGAAUGGAAGAUCAAGUUAUAGGAGAAGCUGUUUUGUGAUAGUAUUUUAAUGAUUGAGGGUUCUUUUGUUGUAUUAUAGUAGUAUAAUCGAAGCUCCAAAGGGCUUUGAUGUUUUCAUCAAAUUGUACAGAUCCUGUAUUGAGAAACUGACACUACUGAAAAAUCCAUGUAUUUGUAUCGCCACCGAGUGACAAUGCUAUGAGGAUCCAAUUUAGUUUGUGAGUUAA